AGAGAGAAGGCUGCACAUGCACUGACACACGAGACCGCUCGCUUAUAUUUUGGGCAGGACCGUCAUGUCAUAGUUACAUGUUAAUUUUACAGUCAACCCCUCCGUCGCGCUCGCGCACUCACGCACGCACGCGGUAAGCCCAGGCUUUAUAAACACGCCGCUGCCACUUAGUUGCUCAGUGUUUCCACUGAUCCCACAUCAGUGCAGCGGCUCAGAGAAGAUGGCACUGGCCGACACAGAGCGCGGAGUGUCCAGCUGCGGCGGUGACUCCCCGUUCUCAGAGAUCAUCGAGCUGAAUGUCGGCGGACAGGUUUAUGUCACCAGGCACAAAACUCUCAUCGCAGUCCCAGACUCGCUGCUGUGGACCAUGUUCAGCAAGAAGUCACCCAAGGAGUUGGCGAGAGACAGCAAAGGGCGCUUCUUCUUGGAUAGAGACGGGUUCCUGUUCCGCUACAUCCUAGAUUAUCUCCGGGACUUGAACUUGGUGCUGCCGGACUACUUCCCCGAGAAAAGUCGGCUGCAGAGGGAGGCUGACUUUUUCCAGCUGCGGGACCUCGCCAAGCGCCUCAGCCCCCGGGUGAGUAAGGACAACUCAAUCAGCGAGGAGAUCAGCCAGAGCGACACUGAGGAGGGCGCGCAGCAGUGCGGCUCAUCCGGCGGCAUGGAGACUUUACGCGCCAUGUCGGUCAGCGGGGCCAUGCGCUCCCCAUCCCUGGACUCCAGAAAGUCGGGCUAUAUCACGAUAGGAUACCGCGGCUCGUACACCAUUGGCAGGGACAUCCAAACCGACGCCAAGUUCAGGAGAGUGGCGCGCAUCACGGUUUGCGGGAAGACGUCUCUGGCCAAAGAGGUGUUUGGGGACACGCUGAAUGAGAGCAGGGACCCGGACAGGCCCCCGGAGAGAUACACAUCCCGGUACUAUCUCAAGUAUAAUUUUCUAGAGCAGGCGUUUGACAAGCUGACAGAGGUGGGCUUCCACAUGGUGGCCUGCAGCUCCACAGGCACCUGCGCCUACACCAGCAAUGAUCCAAACGAGGACAAAAUCUGGACAAGCUACACUGAAUAUGUCUUCUGUCGGGAUUAACAGCAGCAGCAAACACGUCGAGUUGAUGUACAUAGACAUUUCAUAACCUAGAGGGGAAUGUCUUUACAUAGUCUUGCAUUUGCUGUGUUGAAUGGUGAAAUUUGUCAAGGGCGACUGCAAAAAUAUUGCUCCAUUAUUCUAAGAAUAGCCAGUAUUACCACUUCUGUGGUCAAAUCAGAGACAAAACAUCCCUAAAAAGAUUCAUGGAAAUUUGGAUGUUCAAAGUGAGCUGAGCAUUGUUUGAGUUUGACACACCCAUGCUAAAAAACACCCAACAAAAUGCCAUCAUGUCCACCCCACAGAACUGCAUAUCAAUGUUUCAGUCACAUCUGACUCAGUGCUGUGUGAAUUGAGCGGCAUCCAAGAACAGAGAAGCAGCAAUUAGUAUUCAGUGUCAUUGUAACUUCUAGGCUUGCUUGAUCACGUUUUGGCCAAGUUUUGUAUUAUCUAAUAGGGUCUUCUUAUACAUAGCAGUUCCAUCGCUGACAUGACUGUAAGUGUAUGUGCUUGCUUGGUAGAGUUGUGCUUGUUAAACCUGUUCAGAUGAAAUAAAAUCUUACACUCGGCUCUUCUCAGCCCCCU